AUGGAAGAAAUUAAAGGCCCAUUCACGUGUUCCAGCAUGCGUUUUUUCUUUAUCAUGCUGGUUAUACAAGGAAAUGUGAUUCCAGAAGAAGCCAAAAGCAGAGCAGAAAUUAAUCCUGAACAAUUUAUGAACAUUAGUGAGAAAAUCCUGUACUGGGGAUAUCCUUCUGAAGAAUACAACGUCCUUACAGAAGAUGGUUACUAUCUGAGUGUGAACAGAAUACCAGCAGGUAAAGAAAAAGCUAUAGACCCAAGCUCAAAAUCAGCCAUAUUGUUAAUGCAUGGCUUAGUUCUGGAGGGCAGUGUAUGGGUAGCGAAUUUGCCCCAUCAGAGCCUAGGCUUCAUACUAGCAGAUGCCGGAUAUGAUGUAUGGAUUGGAAACAAUAGAGGGAAUUUUUGGUCAAGAAGACAUAAACAUCUUACAAUUGACCAAGAAGAAUUUUGGGAUUUCAGUUUUCAUGAAAUGGGCAUCUAUGACCUCUCUGCCAUAGUGAACUUUAUUCUGGAGAAAACUGGACAGGAGAAGAUUUAUUACGUAGGCCAUGAACAGGGGUCUACAAUAGCUUUUAUUGGAUUUUCUAUACUUCCACAACUGGCUGAAAAAAUUAAGAUAUUUUUUGCUUUGGGACCUGUUUAUACAUUCUAUUACUCAGUAAGCCCAAUUGUACAAAUUCUACUGUUGCCAGAGGCAACCUUUAAGGUUAUCUUUGGCACAAAAGAAUUAUGCCUUCUAGGACCACAGAUAAGAAAAUUUCUGGCUCGGGAGUGCAGCAGCCAAUUCGUAGAUGGAAUCUGCAAAAAAGCUCUUUCACUUGUCAGUGGCUUCAAUCUGAAAAAUCUAAAUGAGAGCCGAUCAGAUGUAUAUGUAUCCAUGUUCCCAGAUUACACCUCUGUAAAAACUGGAAUCCAUUGGAGCCAGUCAAGGAAAACAGGGGAAUUCAGAUAUUUUGACUAUGGCUCUAAGAACAAAGAAAUAUACAACCAGACUACUCCACCUUUUUACAGCAUAGAAGAAGUUGUUGUGCCAAUUGCUUUGUGGAGUGGAGGACAUGAUUGGAUUUGCCAACCAAAGGAAUCUGCAGCACUACUGUCUCGCAUCACUAGUUUGAUUCAUUAUGAGGAGUUGCCUGACUGGACCCACUGGGAUUUCAUUUGGGGCAUUGAUGCUCAUCAGCGCAUGUAUAGGGAAAUGCUUGACCUUAUGGAAAAAUACCCAUGAAACUAAUCUGGGCUUAAAAGCUCUAUAGAUUGAGUAUACCUUAUAUGGAAUUCCAAAAUUGUUCUUGGAGGUGUCUGAAAUAGUGACACAUUUACUUUCUGAUGGUUCGAUGUACACAAACUUUGUUUCAUGCACAAAACUAUUACAAAUAUUCAUGCUAAGUGUAUAAGAUGUAUAUGAAACAAGUCAACAUCAUGUUUAGACAUGGAUUUCAUUUCCAAGAGAUCUCAUUAUGUAUAUAUGUGCAAAUGCAGGUAUUCCAAAAUCUGAAAUCUAAAAGAUUUCUGCUCCCUUAUUUUGGAUAAAAGAUAUUUAAUCUACAUUUUGUUCUCAUCACUUUUGUAAGAUUAAAAACUGUAGUCCUGUGAUUCUGUGUCCAUAUCUUUUAGAAAAUGUAUUUUUCAUUAUUUGUGGAAAUAUAGGCAUUAUGGAAUAAAUAUUAGGCUUCUCAAUAAAUUGUUCAAAAAGUUAGUUGUUUUGUGCUUUCAUGUACUCUUCAUUAUUCAUUAGCAUGAUUUCAACGUGUGUCCUCCAGAAUGCUGCAGGGCACCACCAUGAUUAUCUCUGAUGUUGAAAGGUUUGGUUUUCAGAGAUGAAGAGGUUUAGAAUGUUAGCGCAGGGAAAAGAUGCAAUGAUAGAAAAGAGGAACUCAGUAAUCAAAGAUCCAGUAUGGCAUAUGAGUGAGGGCCUUCUCGGUGGUGGCCCCCCCGACUCUGGAACUCUCUCCCCAGGGAGAUCAGAUUGGCCCCCACCCUGUCCACUUUCUGCAAGGACUUGAAGACAUGGAUGUCCAACACACUUUUGAAUAAUAGGUCAUUCGCAAUUUAUUACUGCCCAGUCUUAAUUGGUUAUUGCCUGAUCUCCAGCAGUUUAUUUCCACUCCUGAUUUUUGUUCUGAAUUUUGCACAUGCCUCCCUCUCCCUUGCUGGGCUGUGGCGCAGCUGGCUAGUAACCAGCUGCAAUAAAUCACUACUGACCGAGAGGUCAUGAGUUCGAAGCCCGGGUCGGGUUAAGCUCCCGACCAUUAAAUAGCCCGGCUUGCUGUUGACCAAUGCAGCCCUGAAAGACAGUUGCAUCUGACAAGUAGGGAAAUUUAGGUACGCUUUAUGCGGGAGGCUAAUUUAACUAAUUUAUAACACCAUAAAACUGCCAGCAAAACACGAGGAAAGGAAUGAGGAAGUACAGCCACUAGUGGGCAGUGAAGCAACAGCUCCCCCUGUGGCCGGAAUCAUGAAGCUGGAAAAAUGUUAAAAUGCCUCUGUGUCUGUCUAUACUGUAUGUUGUUUGUCUGUUGGCAUUGAAUGUUUGCCAUAUAUGUGUUCAUUGUAAUCCGCCCUGAGUCCCCUUCGGGGUGAGAAGGGCAGAAUAUAAAUACUGUAAAUAAAUAAACAAAUAAAUAAAUAAAUUUUUAAUAGUUCCACCUUUCAGUUUCAAUAUCUGCUGAUGUACUUUAUGAUGUUUUAUUUUACUGCUUAACUGUUUUAAUUAUAUUGCUGUUGUGUUUUAACUUUUAUCUGUUUUGACCUCUGGGCUUGGUCCCCAUGUGAGCUGCUCCGAGAUGGAGAUGGGUUAUACAAAUAAAGUUGUUGUUGUUGUUG